AAGCAUCUAAGAAUUAAAAAAAGAAAAACGCUUAGAACUUUUAAUAAAAAAGAUUUAUAGAAAAAAAAAAUUAAAAUACAAAAAUAAAAAUUUCAUUAAGACUAAAGAAUAAAAAGUGAAUAAAGAAUAAGAAAAAUGAAGUGUCUUGUAAUUUAUAUUUUAUGUAUAAUAAUUGCGUUUGUAACUGCUGAAACGGAAAAACGUUCAUUAAAUAAUAAUAUUGAUCAAUCACCAGCAUCAUCAGUACAAGUACCAUUAUCACCAUCGUCAUCAUCAUCAUCAUUUAAUGAUAAAAAACAAGAUAAACGUUAUAUUCAUAGUUAUUAUAGUGGAGUUGGUACAGGAUAUGGUAAUGAUGCACUCUAUAAUAAUAAUUUAGGAUAUAAUAGAUAUUAUGGUGGAUAUGGAGGAUAUGGUGGUGGUUAUGGUGGAUAUGGUGGAUAUGGUGGUUAUGGAGGUUAUGGUGGAUAUCCAUCAGCAAUAAGUUAUUCAAAUUAUAAUCUUGGUACUGGUCUUGGUUAUGAUGGAAUUUAUGGAGGUUAUGGUGGAUAUGGUGGCGGUUAUGGUGGAGGAUAUGGUGGCUAUGGAGGAAGAUAUGGUGGUUUAGGUUAUUAUAAUCCAUAUAGAGUUGCAGGUUUAGGAUAUUCUGGAUAUAGCAAUUAUAAUGGUUAUCCAUAUUAUAGUACAUAUUCAGGUAUAGGAAAUAAUUAUAGCCCAUAUUGGAGAGGUGGAGGUUAUGGUAGCUAUGGUGGACUAUAUUAUUAGUACAAAAAUUAAUACAUACAAACAUACAUGGAAGCUCAAUUUAAUAAUAUUUUUAAUAUAAUUUAAUUUUUAAUUUUUCAUAAACAUUUUAUACAAUCCCAAAGAGUCAUCAAAAUUUAAUAGAAUUGUGUAUAGAGAAAAUGCAGUAAAAUUAAUAUUAGUUAUAAAAAUAUAAAAAAUACAAAAAAAAAAAAAAGUGCCAAUAUUUUUGCAUAAAAUUUCGAAUUUUUACACUAAAUUUGUAAAUGUUAUUUUGGUGACAACAAAAAAUAUUCAAUAAUGUUUUCAUAUUUUUUUUUUAAUUUUUGUAAAUUUAAUAAUUUUGUAAGGAAAUAAAAUAUAUUUUUAAUUUA